AAGAGCUUCAAUUAGUAUUGCAACCGCUUUACGCCGCAAGCGGAAAGUUAUUCUUCCUCGUUCCCUUUCCACAGAUCAACUCAUAACACCGAAUUUAAAGUCUUCAAGAAGCUUCCGCCCCGGCUUACGAAAAGUUGCUGGCCACUCGAAUACUCUGCAUCAAAUAUCAAUCAGUAUAAGUCCCUUGCGAUCCCCCGCCAGGCCGGUUCCAACUGCGUUCGCGACUACAGGUGAUCCUCGUUUCCGCACAUUGUUCGUGCGUGCAUACGGCUUUCGCUACCGCCAUGCUCUCGCUCGACCAGAUACCAGAGGAAAUCGUUCACCAAAUACUGCAUUACAUCUCACCGGAAGAUAAUCUGCUCCUAGUGCACUUGCUUUCUAGACGCCUGAACCAGCUUGCUCAAGAGCCGUUAUUAUGGCGGUACUACUGCUUGCACGCCUUCAAGUUCUGGCACCCUAGCCACAAUUUUGAUGAAAAGUUGAAGGAGCCAGCGUCAAGGGUCGCUUGGAAAGACCUGUUUCUCUUCCGCAAGAGGAGGGAUGCCAAAGUUGCCAGCCUCUUCAAUGAAGUUUUGGCUACCAAAUACGGCCGAGCCAAGAAGUUUGGGGAAAUAUGCUCCCUCGGCUAUGACGCAAAGGACUUCAUUCUGAGCCAGGUUCAGACUCCAGACGCUGCCGAUGAUGUCUUGGCCAGGAGAUAUUUCGGCAACGCCAUUCUCUCUAGCGUCCGUCGUGGUGUCGCCAUUCAGAUAUGGGAUGACCUCCGCAACGAGGAGGCAUUUGAGUCCCGGAGACCCAAUCAAGUUCCGGAAGUCGUGCCGGGAAGAUUAGAGCGCGCGCUCGCAGCUUUUGAUAUGUUCGUCAUUCAAGAUGACAUUGGUGAUGUAGACGAUGUUUCACAAGCUCUGGACAAUCUGGCCGCUGAGUUCCGGGACAACCACCCGCACUUUGACAGUCUGUGUAUUAGGGAACAGUCCUUGACUUUGAACCGUUGGCUUAGAGUCAAGAACCUUACCGGUAUGGUUGAUCCGGAGACUAACUAUCGUAACCUUCGGAACUGCCUCAUCGGCCAUGCACUCCGCGACGAGGCUCACCAGUCGCUCCCCAUGGUCUCGGCCGCCAUAUUCUGCUGCAUCGGUGAGAGGCUGGGCUUGAACGCACACUGUUGCGCGCUUCCAGGACACGUCCUUGCAAUGGUUUUUGCGGCGCAGGACACAACACUGGACGGUUCCAGAGUCACAGAUCCCUUGCGGCCCAUUGAAAGGAUGUACCUAGACCCAUACGGAGGCGAUGACGAGUUCGACAAAGAAACGCUUAGGCAUUUUAUCGCCCAGGUCGGAUGGCAUAGCCUGGAUGUCGACACAAUGGCACCGGCGGCCGUCUCGACUAUGAUUGGGCGGCUUGCGCACAACAUCAGACAUACGAACCUCUUCUUGACGUCCCAAGAUGUUUCUGUCGAGAGACUGGCCGGUCUUGGAACCGGAACCGCUCUCCAGAAUCUGGAGUUGUCUGUUUACGCCGCUGCUUGGGCUACCACGCUUCUCGAUCCAGGCGCAUUUGUGGACAUCACAUCACAUUUCGCACUCCGAUUCAACUCGCUUCGCUUCGACGACGCUUGGCUGGUGGAGAAAAUUUAUGUUAAUCGGCCACAGCCGCACGGCGACGUGUUUCUUGCCGCCCCAAACCCGGAAUACAUACUACGUCUCAUUCGGCGAGCGGAUGAGCUGAAGCCAGUGCUUCGUGAGGCGCAGACGACGACGGAGUUCAAGGUUGGAAACGUCGUGCGGCAUGGAAGAUACGGCUUUGUCGGGGUCGUGAUCAACGGGGAGGUACCUCCUCAAGGGUCAGAUUUAUACUACAGGCUACUGACACCUCCAAGCAUGCAGGGAACAUUCUCGCUUGUCAAAGCUUCAAGCCUGGAGCUGGUACAGGAUAUUGAGGAGGCCCAAGCAGCGAUGUUUCCUGACACGGGGCUCUUUUUCAAGCGAUUCGAUAAGGAGAGGUGCACUUUCAUUCCAUCGAAUAAUGAGAUGGUAUACACACCGUUGUGAUUCGCAUGUCAUUGUCAUUUGCGGGACGACCGAGGCAUACACAUACAUAGCUCUAAUAAUGGUUAUCAUGGUCUGCAAAUCUGCAUCCCCUUCGUCCCUUCCCUCGAUGGGUAUUUGCACACCAAUGGUCGCAAAAGAUGUUGCUGUCAGGGAAGCUUGCUUUUCGCCCAUGUCCACCCAAAGCCACCCGCUUUUUCCAGAACCAAAUCAACGCCCGUCGUGUCUUGCAAAGUUUGCAUCAUUUCUCCGCGAAAGCCUAAGCAGUGCCAAUUUCCUUCACGCCC